AUGGGUUGCCGGAAGCAGCUGUUUGGAGAGAAGAGCAAUUGUAAAGGGGUUGUGACUGAAUCGUCAGCAUCGCAGACAAUGCACACAACUAAUGUGGCUGUGGCAGAUGGAAGAUCAGAACAAGAUCACGAUGGGUUACCGGCAUGCAUUUCAGAAGGUGGAACAUCAUCGUGCACACCAGGCCGUAACGAGGAUGUUGUGGCUGGCAUUUCAGAAGCCGGAACAUCAUCCAGCAGAGGCAUGUUCUCACCAAUGGCAAUAGUUACAGAAAGCGAGAACGCUACACCAGAUGCCGAAAAGAAGUACACACAUAAAGAAGACAUUGAUCCUGCCCUCAUUCCUAGGCCUGGGAUGUCAUUCAGAAACCGAAAAGAGGCCAGGGCUUUCUAUGAAGCGUACGCCGAGGAGGUUGGAUUCAAUUUGAGCUAUGGAAACAGUAAAACAUAUUCAUAUAUUAUACAGUGCAGCAAUGAGGGGGUUCAUACUUACUUUAAAAAAAAUGAGGAGCUGCGUGUUAGGAACAAUACCACAAAGAAGACACACUGCAUGUCGAAGAUGAAGCUUAAAAGAAUUUAUGAUGAAAACAAGAAUGAAAUAUCAGUGGUGAUUGAGCAAGUGGAUCUAAUGCAUAACCAUCCAUGUCUUAAAAAGAAAGAAGAAAUAAUAAAUAUGAGAUCACACAAGGAAAAGGAUCCGGUAUUACUUGAGUUUGUUGAUGACCUCCAAGCAGCGGAUGUCCCGCAUCAUAGUAUACAGAACAUUGUUAGGGACAUGCAUGGGGGAGGUGAGAACGUGCCAAUGACCAGGCGGGAUCUUGAGAACAGGAAGGCGGCUAAUGUGAGGGCAGAACAUGCCAAUGACAUUGCGAAGCUUCUAGAAUUCUUUGAAGACUGCAAGGCGCAGAACCCACAAUUUUGUUGUUGCCAGGGCAUGCGCAUAGCGUGCAAGGAGGGCGCCGUGGGGAGCCGCGUGGUGCUGGAGCGAGAGGAAUCCAUGAAGUGGUUCGACAACGACCGCUACCUCGCCCUCGUCAAUAACCUGGCCGCCGCCGGCAACCGGAGGCCUGCUUUGUGCUCGGGCUCACGCUCGUCUUCGCGCAGCAGCGGUGCACGGCGCCCGCCGGCACCGAGUGGCUCAGACGGGCGGCCUACGUGCUCGGCGUCCUCCACUACGGGGACAAGGACGCCCGCGACGGCGCCAAGCAGUACAUCAGGCAAGUCGAGGGCGAGGCGGCGCUCGACGGGUGCAACAGCAAGGUCUGCAGGAGACCAACCGGGAGUGCGUGAGGUACCCUGA